ACACACACACACACACACACACGCAGCAUAAUUAACUGUCUUAAGAGCUCUAAGCCUCAGCCAGCUGUGAGCUGGGAAUAAUCAAAUACCUUGAAGGCAGGGCCCGGCGGUGAUGGCUAAGGAAGCAGCAGCGGCCGGAGCAGCGGUUUUAGGAGAACAUGAUUGAGGGUUUCCAGUUUUGCAGACAAAACCAGCAGACCCUCAGUUGUCAGGCUUUCCUGGGCGACACAGAGCCCAGCCAGCCUUCCACAGAAGAAGGAAUGUCUCCCCUCCAUCCCCAUUCUCACUGAGGGAGCUGCCAUCCCGAGGCAGAAAGGGAGGGAUGCACAACUGGUUCAUCUGAGGGCUUCCCUUUGUUCGCUGCUAAGGAGGAGAGAUCGCCUGGCGACCCCUCCCUGUUUCAAGCUUUCUCUAUCCCUGUUCCACUACCAUGGGGACCACGGAAGCCACCCUACGAAUGGGAAAUGUGGACGUGAAGGAGGAAUGGCAGGAUGAAGACUUCCCCAGACCUCUCCCAGAAGAGACAGGGAUGGACACCCUUGGAAGCCCCAUUGAAGACACAUCCUCUCCUCCAAACACUUUAAACUUCAACGGAGCUUAUCGUAAACGAAAGACACUUGUUGCUCCUGAAAUCAACAUUUCUCUGGACCAAAGUGAAGGCUCUGUCUUGUCCGAUGAUUUCCUGGACACCCCCGAUGACCUGGACAUCAACGUGGAUGACAUCGAAACUCCAGAUGAGACAGAUUCCCUGGAAUUCCUAGGAAACGGCAAUGAGCUAGAGUGGGAAGACGACACCCCUGUGGCCACUGCUAAGAACAUGCCUGGUGACAGUGCAGAUCUGUUUGGGGAUGGGGCAGCUGAAGAAGGAGGUGCUGCUAAUGGGCGCCUGUGGAGAACGGUCAUCAUUGGUGAGCAGGAGCACCGAAUUGACCUCCAGAUGAUCAAACCCUAUAUGAAGGUGGUGACCCAUGGAGGGUACUACGGUGAAGGUCUGAAUGCUAUCAUCGUCUUUGCAGCCUGCUAUCUCCCAGACAGUAACUCUCCAGAUUACCAUUACAUAAUGGAAAAUCUCUUCUUGUAUGUCAUUAGCAGUUUGGAGCUCCUUGUGGCUGAAGAUUAUAUGAUUGUGUACCUGAAUGGUGCCACCCCACGACGGAGGAUGCCAGGGAUUGGCUGGCUGAAGAAAUGUUAUCAGAUGAUUGACAGAAGGCUUCGGAAAAACCUGAAAUCCUUAAUCAUUGUCCACCCUUCUUGGUUUAUUCGAACCGUGUUGGCCAUCUCCAGGCCCUUCAUCAGUGUAAAGUUCAUCAGUAAGAUCCAAUAUGUACACAGUCUGGAAGAGCUGGAACAGCUCAUCCCCAUGGAGCACGUGCAGAUUCCUGACUGCAUCCACCAAUAUGAAGAAGAAAGAAUCAAGGCCAGGAGAGAAAGGUCAGAAGAAAAGCCAGAGGCAGUGGAGGAGAGGUAA